AUGGGUAAGAUCAUCUUCUACGAGGGCAGGAAUUUUGAGGGACGCCACUAUGAGUGCAGUGGUGACUGCACUGACAUGCACUCCCACUUCUCCCGAUGUAACUCCAUUCGAGUGGACAGUGGGUGCUGGAUGGCCUAUGAGAAGCCUAACUUUUCUGGGUACCAGUACAUGCUGACAAGGGGGAAGUACGCUGACCACCAUCGCUGGUCCGGCUUCAACGACUGCAUCCGCUCCUGUCGCAUAAUCCCAGCUGAGUACAAUGGAAACUACAGGAUGAAGAUCUUUGAGAGAUCAGACUUUGGGGGAAAGAUGAUGGAGCUGAGCGACGACUGCCCCAACCUGCAGGACCGCUUCCACCGGAGAGACAUUUCCUCCUGCAAUGUUAUGGAGGGCUACUGGAUCCUCCACGAGCACCCAAACUACAGGGGCCAUCAGUACUUCCUGCGCCCUGGCGAGUACAACAAGCAUAGCGACUGGGGCAGCAUGAGCUCUACCAUUGGCUCGGUGCGUCGCGUCACAGAGCUGAAGCAAAACAACCAAUAAAGUGGUCUCUAGAUCGCUCUGUCUAGCCAGGCUAGAUCUGUCUGACAGCCUGCAGAAGUCUAUACAUAUGUA